UUCUCAGCGCUAGUGAAAAAAUUUGUCCCUUUGAAAUUAUCCUCACUGGAAGUGGCAAAACGGUGCCAAAGCUUUGCGUUUAGUAAAAGUCAUUCUUCGUUGUGAGCGUUCGAAUUUUGUAAUUUUGUUAUCGCGAAUCGAAGCGGGCGUGAAAUUGUAAAAACUUCAACGUUUUCCGGGAAAAGGAAGUUACUCGAGGGUGGACAUUUUUCUCCCUCCGCCACCGCGAGCGCACCCCUGAAGAAAAAGAAGAGAAAACUCGGGCAUUAGUCGCAUCAGUUCGAAGACAUGGAAGCACUGAUACCGGUAGUCAACAAGCUACAGGAUGUUUUCAACACCGUCGGAUCGGAUGCCAUCCAGCUGCCUCAGAUUGUGGUGCUUGGAAGUCAGAGUUCCGGAAAGAGUUCGGUGAUUGAAAGUUUAGUUGGACGGACAUUUCUUCCCAGAGGAACAGGAAUCGUGACCCGGAGGCCGUUGGUCCUCCAGUUGGUCUAUACGCCGUUAGACGAUCGAGAGCAUCGUUCGGCUGAGCAUGGUACCGUUUCGUUGGAAGAGUGGGGAAGAUUUCUGCACAUUAAGAACAAAAUAUUUUCCGAUUUCGAGGACAUCCGGAGAGAAAUUGAAAAUGAAACUGAUCGGAUGGCCGGUAGCAACAAGGGAAUUUGUCCGGAACCGAUUAGCUUGAAAAUAUAUUCCAACAAAGUAGUCAAUCUGACUCUGGUAGAUUUGCCAGGUAUUACAAAAGUACCGGUAGGAGAUCAGCCAGAGAAUAUUGAGGAUCAAAUUAAGGAACUACUGAUAAAGUACAUUGAGAAUCCUAACUCGAUUAUAUUAGCGGUAACUGCGGCCAACACUGAUAUGGCCACUAGUGAAUCACUUAAAAUGGCCAAAGAAUGCGAUCCCGAUGGUCGUCGAACUCUGGCUGUGCUAACCAAAUUGGAUUUGAUGGAUGCAGGAACGGAUGCCAUCGAUAUCCUUUGUGGGCGCGUGAUUCCUGUCAAACUUGGUAUUAUUGGCGUAGUGAAUAGAUCGCAGCAAGAUAUAAAUGAUCAGAAGGCAAUUGAAGAUCAGCUACGGGAUGAAGCCGCUUAUUUACAAAGAAAGUAUCCUACCCUGGCUACCAGGAACGGCACCCCCUAUUUGGCCAAAACUCUCAACAGACUUUUGAUGCACCAUAUUCGGGAUUGCUUACCAGAUCUUAAAACUCGUGUCAACGUGAUGGCCUCCCAAUUCCAAUCUCUUCUGAAUUCGUAUGGCGAAGAUGUAACGGACAAAAGUCAGUGUUUGCUUCAGAUCAUAACUAAAUUCGCUUCGGCAUAUUGUUCCACAAUCGAAGGAACAUCUCGUAAUAUCGAGACAACAGAACUCUGUGGAGGUGCUCGAAUCUGCUACAUAUUUCACGAAACCUUCGGAAAAACUCUUGAUUCUAUCCACCCAUUGACUGGCCUUACCAAGAUGGAUAUUCUUACGGCCAUCCGCAAUGCGACAGGUCCUCGGCCAGCCUUGUUCGUCCCGGAAGUCAGCUUCGAAUUGCUUGUUAAACGACAAAUACGUCGCUUGGAGGAACCAUCCUUGAGAUGCGUAGAACUUAUUCACGAAGAAAUGCAACGCAUUAUUCAACACUGUGGCACAGAAGUCCAGCAGGAAAUGCUCAGGUUUCCCAAAUUGCAUGAACGCAUCGUUGACGUCGUAACUCAGUUGCUUCGUCGCCGACUGCCCACCACAAACCACAUGGUCGAAAAUUUAGUCCAAAUCGAGUUGGCCUAUAUCAAUACGAAGCACCCGGAUUUCCACAAGGACGCUGCUAUGGUCCCGAGCCUCAUGAAAAACGAACAGGAUCAAUGGGCUCAUUUGCACCAGACCGGUAAUCCACCAAGUCGCCGAGCAGUGUCUCGAGCUGCAGCACAACAACCGCCGCCGCCAGCCGAACCGGUUCAAACCAUGGCGGAUCAUCUGGCUGCGAUGAAUCACAUCCCGAAUGAUCCCGGUAACUGGUUGUCCAAUAUUCUACCGCCAUCCAUCCCCAGCAUGAUGGCUCCUUCGUCGAUUCCCUCGGAAAGUGUUGAGAGUUCGGCUACAAACACGCCCACGCAUGGAGUGUUGAGCCCCACAAAAGCGGUCAAUUUGCUACCGGACGUGCCGAUCAACCAUACGUCUCGGAAGCUGACCGAUAAGGAGCAACGGGAUUGUGACGUUAUUGAGCGCCUGAUCAAAUCGUACUUCUACAUCGUGCGCAAGUCGAUCCAGGACUCGGUACCGAAGGCGGUGAUGCACUUCCUGGUCAACUUUGUCAAGGAUAACCUGCAGUCGGAGCUCGUUACGCAUCUGUACAAAUCGGACUCGGCCAACGAGCUGCUGAAUGAGUCGGACCACAUCUCGAUCCGCCGCAAGGAAGCUAGCGAUAUGUUGAAGGCACUCACCCGUGCCAAUCACAUUAUCAGUGAAAUCCGUGAGACCCACAUGUGGUAAGUAUAAGCGCUGUUCGAGAUAACAAAAAAGACGACGGUGCUCGAAGCUGAUUUACCUGAUCCAAAGAUCACGCAGGCGAAAUUUAUUACAAUACUAAGGUAAUUUUGCGACCAUUGCUUGGAAGUUUUGCUUGGGAUUUUGGUUGACCCGUGCGUUGUCCAAAGCCGCUUUUUAUUUCCAUCUGAAUUGUUAACCUGUUACAUUUAUUGGCUGCAUUAUUCGGUAUAGAGUUGGCUUAAGACUUUUCUGUGUAUACCGGCGGAAAGUGAAAAAAAACGAGGGCUAUUUUAAACGUGUGAGAACUGUAACCGAAAAAUAAACCUAGAAGAAGAGUACCUACCACACUUUUUAGCUUCCGCACACAGCGAUUCUACAUUGCGAUAUUCCAACCUACUUCUACUUAAACUAGUGAAUAGGAAAAUCACCAACCGUGGGAAAACAAAAACUCUAGUCCUCAAUUCCCUCUACAACAACGUGUGUCCAAUUUUACCAGACAUUGUUUUCUAUCUUAUUUGUUUCUUUCUAAAUUUGGUGCUAAAUUUAUGCAUGUUUACCAUAAUGGUUUGUGGUUUUCUGAUAUGGACAACUUUUGUGUUGAAGUCCCACUUCUUAUUGAACUGAUAUCGCGUAGAUGCUUCACAAAGAAUGAAAAAGACAUUAAAUUGUUAAAACAAUUGAAACCUCAGAAAUACUUAUAAGUUGCAUUUUCCAUCCUCGUUUAAGCUUACACUGAAAUAUUACCCACAAAAAUACAUCGUAGAGUAAAAUCAAAUCUUGUUUUGUUUUCAACCAUCUUCUUAACAAAUUAAUCUCGGGAGAUUUCAUGGUAAAAAAUAACAUAUUUUGUAGUUAAAUAAAUCAGCAUUGGAAGCUUAAAUUUGAUACUUCAAACUCGAAUUGUCAGUUUUAAAUGUUUUUUUAAACCACUGAAUUGAUGAUUUUGUGUAGCAUUGUUGUGAAACUCAAAUAGGCACACAUCUGGGUUGAGAUAUCGUACUUGAUGAAAAAUGGUACCUAUCGCGAGAAAGCACUUCUGAAGCACAAGCUCUCGAUUAAGAAACAAAAAUUAUAGUAAAUGAUAUCGGCUUCAGUGUUUUAAGCAAAAACCGACAUUAUUAAAACUAAACUAUUGCAAGAAAUAAUCUUAUUGGACAUGAUAAACGAAAGUUCUCUUCAAAACGAUUAACCGUGGUAUAAAAAAACUGAUGAAAUUAAUUGAAACAUGAAACGACUACCUAUCUAGUUGCGUAUUGAGUUAAGCUGUGAGCAGAAAUAAACACACACAAAUGUGAACUACUUACUAA